AUGACACUUAGUAAUAGAGCAUUUGAAAACAAUUUUGACCUUUGUUGUGCAGAACUCAUCUUCAUUUCGAAAAGCAAAUCGAUGACAUUACAAUUCUUAGGAAGACAAAAGAAUGAUGAUGAUGUAAAAGUAAAGACAAAGGUUGAUGAAACAUUAUUUAGAAGAGUUUGGAAUAACAUAGUGCUAAGAAGAUUGAUAUGUUCAAAGAUUAAAGAUUAUCUAUCAAAAGAAGAUCGGGCAGUUCUGAUCAGCUCUAGUGCUGCAAAGACUAUAGAAAGGUACAAGGCUGAUACAUUACAAUUCGUUCAAAGUAAUCGACUAUUGUCAAUCUUUGAUUGUGAGUUUCUCACGGCCGAUCUCUUUAAAUUGCAUUUUGAUACCUAUUGCAAGGAAACAAGUAUUUUAGAGGUAAUAGAGGCCUUUUCACACAACAACCGACACAGUAGAGACACAUGGCUGUUUCGUAGGGUAAUUGAUAUCUUGAAAGACAGAGGUAUAAAACCCGCAUCAUUAUCAAGCAUCUAUACUUGGCGAAACGUAAUCAAAUCAAAUAAUGUCGAGUUGUACAACUAUGCAAAGUCGGUGCUUCCAAUGCUCGAGAGACACCAUUUCAAAAACUACUUGGUUUCAUAUGCAACACAACGAGAUCAUUGGGGUGUAGGUAUCCUUCCAUCAAUACCUGGUACUGCUGUGUUGGCUCAAUUACUCGGCGAUCUCAUCGAUUUGGAUCCAACCGAGAAUUGGCUAGAGUAUGUAGAUUUCUCGUAUUUGGCAUAUAAUGGAUUAGUAGAUAUCCUCGAGACAAUACAUAUGCAUGCAGCUCCAUGUAUCCCAUUGACUGUAAAACCUCCAAAUUAUCGCUUGGGUCAUCAACUCAAUGAAGGAACAAUGAAAGUAGCCAUCCAACAAAAACAAAUCGAAUCUAUUCGUUGUCUCUACAAAGUCUUCAAGAUUCCAUUGAGUUACGAGACUCUAUUACUCGCAGCUCGUUCUUGUGACCUCUCAUUCAUCAUUGCACUCCACAAUAUCGAGCCAGGAGCAGGUCGUCUAUACACUAUCUUUAUUCAUGUAGUUAGCUCCACAUUCAACGCAUACGUCCAUUCAAAUGAUUCCCAAUGCAAAGAUUUUAGAAAAGAAUUCAUCGAUCAUGUUAAACCUCUUAAUUUCAUUGAUAAGAGAUUGGAGCAACAAAUCAUCAAUUAUAACGCUAUUGGCAAGUGGCCAAGGAUCAAAUACCAACCAACAACAAAUACCCAACAAUAUCUUACAAUGUUUCAACAAUCUGAUAAAGACACCAAUAUACCAUCAUUAUCAUUUGAUUAA